AUGGAGCAAACUUUGUUCACGCCACAGCUCAAGUUGACGCUCAUCACGACGGCGGAAAGAGGGAGCCAGGAACUCGAAUGGCUGCAUGAGUUACGCAGUGACGAAAAGGCUACAUGGUGGAGUAUCUACGGCCGUUCAAAAUCCAUCGAAGACACCGAGAAGGUCAUGAAAGGAGCAUUACCGACUACAGCCAACGAAGACGAAAAGAAAUCCUACCGGGCCGUCUACGCCGUUCAUGAACUCCUCGCUCCAACCAGCAACUCAACCAGUCAAGAAGACAUCCCCGCACGACUGAUCGGACUCAUCACUCUCCGCUCCAUCGACAAGGCCAGUCUCGCUUUACCACCUCACAUAUUCCCUGACUCCAUCCACUCCCCAGAUUGUCUAGUCGUUGAGCUCGGAUACCAAUUCCUGCCUGCCGCGUGGGGCAAAGGAUUCGGAACACAAGCCGUAACUAAAGUCUUCGACGCAUGUCAGCGUGAGCAAAAAAUCUGGGACAAUUACCAAAAGGUGUUCAUUAGGGCGAUUGUGAAUGGCGAGAAUCCGGCUAGUAUGCGUGUUUUGAUCAAGAGUGGUAUGAAGGAGCUGGCGGUGCAUGUCUGGGAUGGCGAUCGGAUAUGGCUUGGGGGCAAGUGGAGGACUACGGAUAAACUUCAUAUCUUUGGGAAAUUUGUGAAAGAGUGA